UUGAUAAAAACCUAAGACCCGCUCGACCAGCAGUGACCAGCCCUUCCACUUCCGGUGAACGGCGGCGAGCAACUGGAUUCCGGUGCCGAUUCUCUCUGUUUAAGCCCUUGUUUUAUCAAGGUUUUGCAUUAAAAAAAGUAGAACUGCCUUUGUUGAAGAUGCCUGACCUUCCAUUUCAAGUUGGGGAUUCGGCUGAGUCAAGAUCUUUUCAAGUUGGUUUUCGUGGUGCAUGGUUUCGAUGCAAGAUAAGAGAGAUUCGGACGAAAAAUGGCGUGAUGGCCCAUCUACUGGAGCAUUUUGACUAUCCUGAUCAAAAGUUAAGUUGGAUCAAGUUGUAUCAAAAGCCCCCAACUUAUAUUAGCAAGUCAAAGGGCUUCAACAGGGAAUUGAUGGUGCGACCUUCGUUUCCUACUAUCCAUCACGAAAGUGAAAAGCUUGAUGUCAAUUCCAUCUCAGAAGUGGUAGUCAUUGUUGAUAAUGGAUGGAAAGUUGGGGAUUUGGUAGAUUGGUGGACAGAUGGUUGCUACUGGUCUGGAUGGGUGACUAAAAUACUGGGAAAUGGUAAAGUUCAGAUCGAUUUACUUCCUCCUCCACUGGGUGAAGGGUCAUCUUACGAAGCUUUAAGCAAGGACCUGCGCCCAUCCUUGGACUGGUGCCCAGAAAAAGGUUGGACAGUGCCUCUGCCUACGUUGCAGGAGGAUGGAUGCAGGCGUCCUUGUGUUCGUAUAAUGAAACCGGCAAAUUCAGGGGUUAUUGUGAACACCCAUGCUACAGAUGUAGCAGUGCAGGUUGAUCACCCUACAGUAAGGACAUAUUCUUUUCAUUCGUCUCAAAAUUUUGAGGGUCUCUUGGACUCUCAAGAUGGAUCCAUGGCAAGGAGAAAGCAAUGCAACAUUGCUAGAAAUGGUAGGGAGAUUGGCGGGACUGACAAUAAAGUUGAAAGAACUUGUUUUUCAGAUAGUGGUAUUAUGGGCGCAUCAAUUGAGAAUUUGGAAAGGGCUACCAUAAAUAGUGGAUAUAAUGAUGAGAACCCCACAAAGAAGAUGAGAAGCAACGGAAGCCUUUGUCUGAAUUCCAUGUCUUCCAAUACGAUAGAUGCUGCAAUUUUGGAUUUGGAGGAACUUGUAAAUAGGAUUAAAUGGUUAAGGGAUGUGUUGAAUUUGGGGGUGCCUUUGUCAGGUACUGCCCAGCCAUCUUGGGAAUUUUCGCAUCAUGCGCCAUGCAAAUGAUUGCUUUCUAAUAAAAGUAAGACCUCAGCAUAAAUUUUGUGUUGAAUAAUGAAUUCAAUCUCGUGUUGUAGAUAGUGCUUUGUCUUUACAGCUAAUUUGGAAUAUAGUAGUUUGU